CGACAAACGCCAUGUUUUAGACAAGUUCUGGGGACAGUUUCUUUUCAAGCUUCAUCCUCAAUGCAAAAUGUUGACUUUUCUUUGGAAAUUCACUGUCUUUUAUUCCCUCACCAUCACCUGUUGUCUUUUUAAUUAUGUGAAUCCUGAAGACAAUUUGGAUAUACCAGCAAUUGCCAAGUAUUUCAAUACAAAAGGGAGGUACGAAGAAGUGAAUCCACAUCUCAUAGAGGACAUAUUGGCUGUAAACAGAUCUGUUUUACAGCCACCAUCGGAGCAAUGUCAAGAAAUUCAUCUGACUGCAAUAAUAAGACACGGUACCAGGUACCCGACACCCAAAAACGUCAAGGAGAUGCAGCAGCUCUACAACAUUGUCCUACACAAUGCUUCAGGUGAUGAGAGCUGGCUGCGUGAGAUCCAGACCCAGUGGACGAUGUGGUACAAUGAGGACAUGGAUGGCAGACUGGUCCAGAAAGGUGUGAACGAUCUCAAGCAUCUGGCCGUCAGGCUGUCAAAGCUGUUCCCCUCACUGAUUUCAGAGGAGAAGCUCCGAGGAGGAUUCAUCAGAUUCAUAACCAGCUCAAAGCACAGGUGUGUCAACAGCACGCUGUCGUUCAAGGCAGGACUGACAGAGCUCUGGGCUAUCACAGAUCAGGAGUUUGAUCAUACGGUGAAUGAUGCCCUCAUGAGGUUUUUCGACAAGUGCACCAGGUUUGUGCAGGAAGUUGAUAAGAACCCAGAAGCUCUGUCAGAGGUGGUAAAAUUUAGGGAGGGUACAGAGAUGAGGAGGGUCCAGGAGAAGAUCGCAGACCGCCUCAGAGUCCCACAAAGUCUCAUCACUCACGAAAUGGCUGAGGCUGCGUUUUACCUGUGUGCUUAUGAAUUUGCAAUCAAGGCGGUGACCUCCCCCUGGUGUCAGCUCUUUGAUGAAGAUGAUGCAAAGGUUAUGGAUUAUGCAAGUGACCUGAGGGAAUUCUGGAAAAGGGGCUACGGUUACGAUAUUAACAGCAAGUCGAGCUGCAUUCUCUUCCACGAUGUGUUUAACCGACUGAAGAAGGCAGCCAGUGAGAACCAGUCAGGCCAGCAGGUGACUGAAACAGUGACAGUCCAGGUGGGUCAUGCAGACACCCUCCUGCCACUGCUCACCCUCCUGGGCUUCUUUAAGGACAGCGAUGCCCUGAACUCAACCAACUACUCUACACAGACACAUCGCUCCUUCCGUACCAGCCACAUGUUACCCUACGCAGCUAACUUACUCCUGGUGCUAUAUGACUGCGGUGGAGGCGACCUGAGACUGCAGCCGCUGCUUAACGAGAAGCCGGUGACUUUCCCCGACAUGACUGACCAGCAGGCCUCCAUGCCACUCUAUGAAGAUGUCAGAAAUCACUACAGAGAGCUGCUCCAAGGCUGUGACUUUGAGACUGAGUGCCAGCUGUUCAAAGGUCCUGCUUGAGUUUAGGUUGACAGGGUAGAUUCUGGAAAAGAGGGUUUUAAUUCUCUUUAUGCGCUACACAGAAUAAUUCUGUGCUUGUUGUAACUCAUUUUUAAGAAAACAUGGGGUAGUGCUGCAAUUCAGCCUCUUGUGACUGAAAAAAGUAUUACUUCAAAUAACACUUGAAAAAUGAUCCAUAAACAGGUCAUUUUAGCAUAAUGAAAACACAAUUCUUAUUGUCAGGUAGUUAUACACUAAUGAAAACAUAGUUAUGAAUAUUAUAUACCUUGUUUAACCUUAUAUCACCUUAAAUCCUACACACUGGACCUUUGAAAGGAAGAGAGCAACAGUGGUGGAAUGUACUUAAGUAU